UGCUGUCGCUCUCGCGCAUCGCAGGUGUCAACGGAGCAAGCGUCUAUGCUGCAGCUGCGAGAGUGAGGAACCCUAUCUGCCCCAUCGGAAAAUAUUAGUCCUCCUAAGAGGGCGGCAGUACAGAUCGGACGGUAUGAAAAUGUUCGAAUGAGACCGUGAGCUCGUGUCUGUUGCCAGGGCAGAUUUAAGCGUGGAACAGGGCGGCUUCCCGGACUGUAGACAGCGGGCUCGCGGAGCGUCUUCAGCGGGGAAAGCUGCAGUCCUGCUGCCGCCGCUGCUGCUACAAUGUUCGUGCAGGAGGAGAAGAUCUUUGCAGGCAAAGUCCUGAAGGUCCACGUCUGUACUAUGGAGGGCACUGAGUGGCUGGAGGAAGUGACGGAAGACACCACUAUAGAGAAACUCAAAGAGAAAUGCUUGAAGCAUUAUGUCCACGGAAGUCUAGAGGAUCCUAAAACUCUUACACAUCACAAACUCAUUCAUGCUGCCACUGAGAGAAUUCUCACCGAAUCCAAAACAGUUGCUGAGGAAAAUCUUAAAGAAAAAGAUUGCUUAUUAUUGAUAAAGAAAAGACCUCCACUGGCUCCACCAAAAAUGGCUGACAUAUCUUCUGAAGAGAAGAAAAAGCAAGAGAACAAAGCACCAGAUAAGGAAGCCAUCCUCAAAGCCACAGCAAACCUGUCCACUCGUAACACUGACCGUACUGUAACUCAGCACAACAUCAGAGAUUUUCAGACAGAGCUGAGGAAGAUUCUGGUCUCGCUUAUUGAGGUGGCUCAGAAGCUGCUGGCAAUGAAUCCAGAUGCCGUUGAGCUCUUCAAAAAGGCCAAUGCUAUGCUGGAUGAGGACGAUGAGGACCGUGUGGAUGAAACGGCCCUGCAGCAGCUGACUGAGAUGGGUUUCCCUGAGAGUCGUGCUGUGAAGGCUCUGCGCUUAAAUCACAUGUCUGUGACCCAGGCUAUGGAGUGGCUGAUUGAGCAUGUAGAUGACCCCAUGGUUGACACGCCUCUGCCGGGACAGGACACGCCAGGGGCAGGGGCAGUGGCAGCGGCCGCUGCAGCCCCAGCUCCAGCCCCCGUCCCAGUCCCAGCACCUGCCCCUGGUCUUUCUGCUACAGUUUUAGGAGCCCGUGCCCGUCUUUCGUCCCAGGCCAGCAUAGAGGAGGCCAAACAGGACGAACUGACAGAGAUCUUUAAAAGGAUCAGAAGGAAAAGAGAGUUCAGGCCUGACUCACGGGCAGUGAUUGCGCUGAUGGAGAUGGGAUUCGAUGAGAAGGAGGUGGUUGACGCCCUCCGUGUCAAUAAUAAUCAACAGGAUGCAGCUUGUGAAUGGCUGCUAGGUGACAGAAAGCCCACCCCUGAGGAUCUGGACAAGGGCAUUGAUACCAACAGUCCACUGUUUCAGGCCAUUCUGGAGAACCCCGUCGUACAGCUUGGUCUCACAAAUCCCAAGACUCUUCUAGCGUUUGAGGACAUGCUGGAGAACCCGUUGAACAGCACGCAGUGGAUGAACGACCCUGAGACAGGUCCCGUCAUGCUCCAGAUCUCAAGAAUCUUCCAGACACUCAACCGCACGUAAAGCACACCUCAUCUCUGGAGCAGCCGGAACCACAGAAUAGGGGAAAAGGUCAAGCAUUUAUAAGAGAAGAGUGUGUGUGUCUGUGUGUGUGUGUGUGUGUGUGUGUGUGUAUGUGGCAUAACUGUUGUUUUAAGUAAAGUCACAGAAAAUGAAUGUAAAAAUACAUUGAUGACAUUUCACACCGUUAUACAGAGGAAAAUAUCUAUUUAUAACUCCACACAACACUUGUACAAAAACAAUAUAAGCAGUAACCUAAUGAUAAAUUGCUAACUUCAUUAAUUAGCCUAGUUUUUUAUGUUUUAAUAAGAUUUGUUUUAAUUAUAUUAAGCACAUGCU